AUGAGCUCACCGAAAAAGGAUAACGAUGAACCGUCUUUGAGUACGGAAGAGCCGCACUGCGUCUCUAGUGGAGAUAUCGACGCCGGCGCGACGCGCGAGAAACAAGUCUCGAAACGAAGACUUUCGAGUACUGUAAUUGAAAUAUCGGACACGGACAGCGAUGACUCGGACGUGUGCGCCGUUAACUCGUAUCAGGCCUCGGCUGACGAAGUCAAGCGGAUUCGUAAAGAUUACACAUCAUCAUCGUCGUCGUCAGAUUAUAGCUCAGACUCAGAUUCUCCCUGGGAGGACGACUCAAUUGUGAUUAAGGAUAAGUUUGAAACCAAAGCUAAGAAGUCUCAUCUGAAUCCUAGAGCCAAUAGAAUGGAUGAUCCUCAGUUCAAUCCAGCUAUAAAGUCAGAACAGCUGAUAGAAAGACUAACCAGUCAUUGGAAUGAGGAGAAAGAUCACUCGAGUGAAGAAGUGACCCUGACCUGUAAACCUUUUAAAGUAUGUCAUCUGCAUAAUUUCCUGGCUAAUCCUGAAAUCAUAAAUAAUAUUGUUGACGAUAUGAACACAUUAGACUGGACUAGAAAAAAGAUGGAUCUCUAUGAAUUUCACCAGACCACAGACCUUGCUAACCUUACUUGGCAGAGGAGUAUUAGAGGCAUCUAUGAAUUAUUAAAGACUGAACUAAAAAGCUGGGUGUCACAAGUGACAGGCUUGGAACUGCAGCGCGUGUCGGCGGCAUGUUCAUUGUAUGGGCCAGGAGAUCACUUACUGAUACAUGACGAUAAGCUGUCAGACAGACGCGUCGCUUUCAUUCUGUACCUGGCCCCCUGGCAUCCGCCUCGGCUGCCUCCGAGGAUUCACAACGGCAAUAAAGAUACGACACACCAUAGUGUGGAAAAGUGGUGCGGGUGGUCGGAAGAGAUGGGUGGCGCUCUAGAGCUGUUUGCGCGGGACGAGAACGGUGAACCAACAGACGUAGCACGACGGAUUUACCCCUCAAACAACAGCCUCGCAUUCUUUCAAGUCGGCAAGGAGUCCUACCAUCAGGUAGGCGAAGUGCUCUCUAUGGAGUUGCCGAGACUCUCGAUAAAUGGAUGGUUUCAUGGGCCCGCACCGACGCCUGAGACGCCAUCGGCUGAGGAAAUCAUCAAGCACAAACCACACGCGCAAGUGGUGGUGGUCCAGCAGUGGUUGGAAAGCUCGUAUAUGUCGACGCGGGUGCGCACGCAGAUCUUAGCGCAGAUGGAGCGCGCCAGCGAGGUGUGCCUGCGCGACGUGCUUCAACCGGAGCGCGUGCGGGCGCUUUUUGAAGCGCUCGAGUCGCCCGACGUAGAGUGGGAGGCGUGUGCGGGCAGACACCGGCGGAGGUACGUGCGCGCGUCCGAGGCGUGGCUGGCCCGCGACCACGAGGCGCGAGAGCUGGUGCGUCUCCUGAGCAGCGCAGCAUUCGCACGCGUGCUCACCGAUUGCACGGAUCUCACCAUCGCCACCUAUUCGCGGCUCGAACUCCAGCGCUGGACGCGUGGCGACUACACGCUGCUGCCGGCGCGCGAGCAGUACCAGGAGGCCAGACUGGAGGCGGUCUUGUACUUGGGAGUGCCGACGCACCCCAUAUGCGGAGGACAGACGGUAUACGUGGCGCCGGAGGAGCGCGACGUGGGCGAAGCGCUCGUCACGGUCCCUCCGGUGCACAACGCUCUUAGCCUUGUGUACUGCGACGCGGGUGCCGCCUCUUUCACUAAGUACCUCAGCAAACUGACUAUGAACUCGCACGAACACUUCUAUGUGGUCACCUGUUCGUACGCGGAGUGA